ACUAUGUACUAUAGGAGUAUUUCAAUCGUUUGGAUCUCACGUUCACCCCCAAAAUUGAAUCGACGGAACAUUCGCAAUCUUUCUAGGGUUCAGUGACUCUUCGAUUUCCCGCUGCCCAAAUUUCUCAUUCUCUUUCUUUCCUCAUCCCAAUUCCUAAGAAGGAAAAAGGGUUUGUGUAGAAAUGGAUGAGGAAGAACAUAUGAAUGAGGUUCUGAAAAAUUCUGUUGGAAUUUCUGGCUCUGAAGCUGAAAACAAAAGUGAUAAGAACAUGGAAAUAAGUGAUUCUUUGGACGAAGUGAAAAUGGUGGAAAAAAGUUCUUUGCUAGAAACUAGUAUUGUCAACACGGAUUUGCAAUUGGAAGUUGGUUUGGAGUUGACUGAUACGGUUUCGAUUUCGGAGGAAGAGGGAGUAAGAGGAACGGUUCAUGAUGAGAGUCUCAAUGGAAGCAUUGAGAUUGAUAGAAGAGGUACUAAAAGAGCCCGGAUUACUGUUGAUGAUGAAAACCAGCCUUCAGUUCAUUUCAUAUAUAAAUCCCUAACAAGAGCAAGUAAAAAGAAGCUUGAGGAAUUACUACAGCAAUGGUCCCAUUGGCACGCCAAACAUGUUUCCUCAUCAAAUGAUCCUAGCGAAGUGUUGGAAUCUGGUGAGGAGACGUUUUUUCCUGCUCUAUGUGUUGGACAUGAAACGACAUCUGCUGUGUCAUUCUGGAUGGAGAACCAGACAGUAAAUGAUACAAACAAAUAUGUCAUUCCUAUAGAUGGUGAUUCUGUGCCUCUAUAUGAUCGUGGAUAUGCUUUGGGAUUGACUUCAAGUUCAAAUAACGCAGAUGGUGGCCUUGAAAUCAUAGACGAUCCUUCCCGGUGUUUCAAUUGUGGUUCAUACAAUCACGCUUUAAGAGAAUGUCCUAGGCCUCGUGACAACGUUGCUGUCAAUAAUGCUCGCAAGCAACUCAAAUCUCGGCGGAACCAGAAUUCUUCGUCCCGCCAUCCUACUCGGUAUUAUCAGAGUUCUCCUGCUGGAAAGUAUGAUGGUUUGAAGCCAGGUGCUCUUGAUGACGCAACACGUCAACUCUUGGGCUUGGGGGAGCUUGAUCCACCUCCAUGGCUUAACAGAAUGCGAGAACUAGGAUACCCACCAGGAUAUCUCGAUGCGGAUGAUGAGGAUGAGCCUUCUGGCAUAACAAUAUUCACUGAUAAAGACAUGGAAGAACAGGAAGACGGGGAAAUUGUCGGAGCAGAUUCUUCACAGCCAAAACGGAAGAUGAGUGUUGAAUUUCCCGGAAUUAAUGCUCCUAUUCCUGAAAAGGCCGAUGAAAGAUUGUGGGCUGCCAGGGUUGGACCCCCAAGCUCUUCAGAUAUUUCAAAGAACUGGUCACAGCAGAGAUCAUCAAGUUAUGGCAGCCGAGGACAUCAUCGCGAGCAGAGAACAGGGGACUUUAGGGAUGAUGGUCCUCCAGGUGACCCUGGACACAGUUCGUCCCAAUUUAGUUUUCAAUCUAGGUUUGGUGGCGGCCAUGUUUCUCCAAAUUCAAUGGCAGAAUGGAGUAGUAGGAGAAGUCCUUUGUACGAGGAAGAGUCCCCAAAACCUUUUUCAUUCCAUUCUCUUCAUUACUCAAACUCGGAGAGGCAUUUUUUGCCCUUCGAACGAGAUUCUGGUGGAAGACAUGGAAACUGGAGCUCUGGAAGCAUGCAUGACAGAGAUAGAGAUAAAGAUCUUUCAUCUCGAUUUAAUGAUAGGUGGUCGGCAUCGGAAGAUCGUCACUAUCAUAGUCGGAGGUGAUAACUGAUAUUACAUAAAAAAGGAAUAUGCAUGAGUUCGGAUUAGCACUUGUAGAACAUCGGACUUUGAUUGACUCAACAGAAUAGAUAUAUUUAUAUAUAUAUAUUCUUUUACAUUUGGCUACAUCGG